AAGCUAAGGACCUAUGCUGAAUUGCAUCCACAUACAAAGACCUUUAAUAAGCAUAUUUCUAAAACAUAUAAUCCAGCUUUUACACAGACAUAAUACCUCACAGUGGACAUUUUGGUGUGUCAUGGAAUUAAGGGAACAGGUAAAACUGAACAUUUAAUUUGCUUAAGGUAUUUUAGUAUUAGAAUUCUGCAUGCCUAAAUAAAACAAAGCCGUCAUUAAUGGCAUUAAUUAAAUCGCUUAAACAAUUAAAGCAGAGCUGGCAAUUGAUAAGCUUCUCUGUUAAGACAGUUUUUCUCAUGUUUUUCCCUCCCUGGUGAUGAUUUGGGAAAUUAAAAAAUGCAUUUUCAUGGAUUAAGCUGAGAAGAUAUCUUGAUAUUAAAGACUGUAAUUUUAAUUUGACUUCUAUGCUUUUUUAAUACAAGAGGCUGGAACUAUUAGUUACCUGUUUUUUCUAAAUUCUGCUAAAAUUUUGAUUAAUUUUUACUCUUACUGUACAGUAUACCGAGUAACUGUUUUAUGUGAACACAUUUUGAGAAGCGGGAAAAACUCGACAUGCUCUGUUGAGUCCUGGCUAAUGAUAUAUAUUUUUUUUAACAAUAUUUAGAUCUGUUUAUGGUUAUCAUAGGUGUCUUAGACAACUUUAAGGUAAUCUUUAAGUAACACUAAUAUCAGACGAAAGUGCUAUUAGUGACAUUGCAAAGAAAUUAGACGUAGCUGCGCGUCAUUAUUUGUGUUCAUUUACCCUUUUAGCUAGUUUACGCGUUAGCAUUAGCAAUACCUAGCGAGCUAACUCUCGGCCAAACAAAGAAGAAAACAUGGCAGCAGGAAAAAUGUGCCUCAGGAGGAACAAGGAGGAAACUGCAGAGGUUUGAACUCGCCGCAUACUACCUAAACAUAGCGUUUAAAAGGUUAUUUCAUCUGUUUGUCAGUAUUAAACAUAGCUUUUAGCCUGCGCUAGCUAACGAUUAGCCAACUGCGCCAUAAUGUGAUGAGGAAGACAAACACACUAAAAGUAGGUGAGACGGUGCUUCCUCGUAGUAAACGUCUUUGUAUUGUUUUGUUUUUAAAGUGGACAGGAUUGUUUCUAAACGACCUUAAAACCAAGCAAGAGUCUCUGGUCUUCAUUAAGAGGAUGAUGGCCGUGGCUGUCUCCUCCAUCACCUAUCUCAGAGGGAUUUUUCCAGAGGAUGCCUACAGAUCCAGAUAUCUGGAAGAUUUGUGCAUCAAAGUUUUGCGUGAAAACUGCACCACCCCAGGUGCCAACAAAGUUGUGAAAUGGAUGAUGGGCUGCUUUGAUGCAUUAGAGAAGCAGUAUCUCCAGAUUGUAUUCCUUGGGGUCUACACCAAUCCAGAUGAACCCAAUUGCAUUAUCGAGUCCUACCAAUUCAAAUUCAGAUACACUGAAAAGGGGCCCAAGAUGGACAUUUUCAGGAACAGGAGUAUGGAGAUGCAGGUGACGUUGGAGGACACCAAGAAAGCCUCAGUGCUGCUCAUCAGGAAGCUCUUCUUGCUGAUGCAGAAUCUGGACGCCCUCCCCAGCAAUGUCUACCUCACCAUGAAGCUCUACUACUAUGACGACAUCACCCCUGCAGAAUACCAACCACCCGGCUUCAAGGAGGGGGAAUGCGAUAGCCUGUGGUUUGAAGGCAUGGCUGUGCACUUCAAGGUGGGUGAGGUUCAGACGGCCUUCCACACCUUGAGAGUGCGGGUGUCAGCGGAACAAGGCCGGGUGGAGAAACUCCAGAGAGGAAACCACUUGAGGGAAUCUAGGCAGGUUCCUGAAAGAAUUCCUCCAGGGAAGGAAACAAUGAAGGUGGAAAACGAUCUACCUUCUGAAGAUGAAUCUGCACAGUUCAAGAAACCAACAAGACCUUUGGCAAAGAGAAAACCAGCUGCCAAAAGUCUGGCCAGGAAGAAAAGAAGAACUUAGGCAAUAAGACAAGUGACCAAAUGCAACAGAAAUAUGAGCAACUUCUUCAUUUUGUUAUAUUCACAAACACUGUUUAUGUUAUGAUAAGAUUU